UACGGCUCUGGAUUAUUUGUUAGGUGGCAUCAUAUAACAUGUGAGAGAGAACAGAGCCUGUGUUGUCAUGUUCCUACUUUUGCAUUAUAGCAAGAACGGGUCCUAAAGUUCUUCCUUUGUUGAUUGUGUGCAUGAAAAAGGGACCUGAGUGAAACAAUAUCACAAACAUGAGAGAGGAGAACGUGAAGCAGCCAUUGUUGGGGAGGAAGAAGUACUACGAUAACUGCCCCGGUUGCAAAGUGGAUCAGGCCAAAGAGUUGAGUGAGGGACAAGGCGUACCCAUUAAAAAUCUUGCUAUCAUAUGGACAUUGGUGUUGUCCAAUGCACUGCCUAUAUCAUCUCUCUUUCCAUUCCUUUAUUUCAUGGUAAGGGAUUUUAAUAUUGCGAAAACAGAAGCUGAUAUCAGUUCUUAUGCUGGUUAUAUUGGGUCUUCAUUCAUGCUUGGCAGAUGUUUGACAUCUAUAUUAUGGGGAGUUGUUGCUGAUCGCUAUGGUAGAAAGCCUGUAAUGUUUGCAGGGAUUGUGGUGGUUGUCAUUUUCAACACACUAUUUGGUCUCAGCACCAGUUUUUGGAUGGCUAUUAGCAUGAGAUUUCUUCUUGGAAGUUUAAAUGGUAUGCUUGGACCAGUGAAGGCCUAUGCCACUGAAAUUUUUCGAGAUGAACACCAUGCUCUAGGACUAUCAACAGUCAGUGCAGCUUGGGGCACAGGUUUAAUCAUUGGCCCAGCAUUGGGAGGCUAUUUGGCUCAGCCAGUAGAGAAGUACCCACAUUUAUUUUCAAAGGGUUCCAUUUGGGAUAAGUUUCCAUACCUCUUGCCCAACCUUGUAAUAUCAGCAGUAGCAUUUUUAGUAAUUAUUUGCUGCUUCUGGAUUCCGGUAUGUUUCUAAGGUUCUUCAUUGAUUACGUAUGUUUCUAUCUUCUUUAUGUUUUGUGGC